AUGCGUAAAUGCACACAGCGAAACGUCUAUUACUUGAACGUUGAUGAUAUAAGUGCGCCUGUGUGUUCGACGAAGCCAGCAGCUACGCGCAAGCUCAAUAUAUUAUUAUACGCCCGUAUCGCCCGGAGGAAAAUGACGCGAAUAAUUUAUCUUCAGUUUUCUUCUUUCCAUUUCCUUAAUCAUUCUCUCUCAUUUUUCUUUCUUUUUCUUUCUUUUUUUCUUUUCUUCUUUUUUCUUUCUUUCUUUCUGUUCUUUCUUUUUUUCUUUCUUUCUUUUUUCUUUCUUUCUUUCUCUAAAGAAUUUAUUUUCAUUUUUCUUCUUUCCAUUUCCUUAAUCAUUAUCUCUCAUUUUUCUUUCUUUCUUUUACCUUCUUUCUUUCUUUCUUUCUUUCUUUCUUUCUUUCUUUCUUUCUUUCUGUUUAAUUUUUUUCUUUUUUUUGUCCCUUCUUUUUCUUUUGCCUUCUUUAUCUCUCCUGCGUUCAUUUCUAAUCGUUUUUCCUCUCUAUUUCUCACGUUUCCACUCCUUCUCUCUCACUUCUGUACCUUUUUAUCUCUUCCUAUUAAACGUCCCACUAUUUUCUUCCUUAUUUGUCCUUAUAUUUCCUUUUCCGCCUCUCUUUAA